CAUGCCUUGCUCCCCUCUCUCGAAGCGGAUGUCUGAGUAACAAGACAGUCGCAGGGGUCCCAGCAUCGGACGGGUGCCGAGCUUCGUCGUUGGAGUCGUUUGCGGGCGCGGCCGCCGCUUCCCCGUCCUGGCAGUUAGCUGCCCCACCAUCGUCGACGCAACACGGCCGCACGCCCGUGGCAUAUGCACGCCCACGCACAUUCACCACCACUCCGUUGCCCGUCUGCAUAAUCGCCCGCGCUCUAGACGGCCCGCAGCGCAAACUCUAAUCCCCUGCGCCUCGGCAGCCGCUGCCGUCGACGUCGCAGCCAUGGAGUCCAUCUCCCGCAUCGGUGCGUCCGUCUACUCUCCCAGUCUGCGAAGACGCAGGCGACCCCGGGCGUUUGCUGAGGCACGGCGAUGCACCCGUCCAACUUUGCUCACUGGUCUCUUUCUACAGCCCGCGACUUGACGCUUGAAGCGGCCCGCGAUGCUGCCAAUGCGCGCGGCAAGACGUCGACCAAGAUGCUGCCCUCGGGCCAGCUCAAGAAGCUGCUGGACAGCCGCUCCGAGCGGGAUGUCCUGGAGGGACUACGGCGAGUUGUUACGAUGUCCUACCGACAGCCUCCCUCGCAGACCCUACCCUUCUUCACCCAUGUGAUCAAAAACAUCGCCUCUCCGUCCCUUCAGGUCAAGAAGCUUGUAUACAUAUACCUCCUCCAGCACGCCGAGCACGAACCGGACACCGCCCUGCUCUCUAUAAACACAAUCCAGAGGUCUCUCACAGACCAGAACCCCCAACUACGCGCCCUGGCGCUGCGAGUCAUGUCUGGGAUACGGGUGCCCGUGAUAAGCCAGAUCGUGAGCUUGGGCAUAAAACGCGGCGUGGGAGAUAUGUCGCCAUAUGUGAGGAAAGCCGCGGCGCUCGCUAUACCUAAGUGCUAUCAGCUGGACCCGAAUACUGAGCCGCAGCUUCUCGACUAUCUUUCGACGCUAUUAGGCGAUAAGCAAUUCUUCGUGGCAGGCGCUGCUGUUGCUGCGUUUCUGGAAAUGUGUCCGAACCGUCUGGAUUUGAUUCAUCCGCAUUACCGAUCGCUGGUGCGCAAGCUGGCUGACAUGGACGAGUGGGGUCAGUUGGCGACGUUGCGACUGAUGGUCAAAUAUGGGAGGAAGUGCUUCCCGAGGCGAACGAGGAAGAUCAAAAAGCCCUUGGAUAUGAAUUCAGGCGCGAAACACAAGGGGACGAAGGGAUUCUACGAGGAGGAAAGUGACUCGGAGGAAUCUGAAGAGCCAGAGUACGAGGAAAUCGCGGUUCUGGACCCGGAUCUGGAGCUGUUGUUAAAUGCAUGCAAGCUACUCCUCCAGUCGCGGAACUCGGCUGUAGUUAUCGCGGUCGCGAGAACGUACCUAUAUCUUGGAACACCGACCUAUAUGUCUCUUGCGAUAGGGCCGCUAAUCUCCCUUUUGCGGACCGCAGGAGAUAUACAGCACGUUGCGCUCUACAACAUCGUUCAAGUGUGCUUGCUGUACCCACAAUCCUUCGUAAACCACUAUACGCAUUUCCUCGUUCGAUCGACUGACCCUCCGCAUAUAUGGCGCCUCAAAUUAGAACUCCUCACUCUGAUAUUCCCACAUGCGGCUCCGCGGCUCCAAAGCCUAGUGCUCGCCGAGCUCAGUCAUUUCUCGCACUCUGGAAGCCUGGAUCCGGGGCUCGUUAAAGAGGCUGUCAGGGCAAUUGGCCGUUGUUCGCAGACGACAGACCCUAAAACUUCGGCAAGAUGUUUAAGAUUACUGCUAACCCACAUCGGAUCGGCGGACGCGCAUCUGGUAGCAGAGUCUCUUGAAGUAAUACGGCAUCUCAUCCAACGCGACCCCGACAACCACCGCACCACCGUAGUCCGAUUAGCAAAGCACCUCGACGCAGCCACCAGCCCCCAAGCCCGCGCCAGCAUUAUUUGGCUCGUCGGUGAAUUCGCAGGCCUCGACCCAGACAACAACAUCGCCGCCGACGUCCUGCGCAUCCUAGUCAAAGGCUUCGCCGACGAAGCCGAGCCCGCAAAGCUGCAAAUCGUUCUCCUUGCCGCCAAAGUCUAUGUCCACCACCUCAACGCCAACCCGCCACCCGAACCCGCGAAACCGGUGGAGCAGCCUCAACCCAGGUCUUCACUUCUCGACGACUUUCAUGAGGAGGGCGGGUUCCGCGACGAGCCUAAAUCCGAAGCAGCACCGCAGCCCGCGCCCCAGGAACGAGAAAAGCCGCACCCAAUAGUGGCGCUCUGGGACUACAUCCUCCUCCUCACGCGCUACGACACCUCCUACGACAUCCGCGACCGCGCACGCGUGUACAAAGCGCUCCUCGCGACCCCGACGUCCACCCAACUCGCCAACCUCCUGCUCCUCGCGCCUAAGCCCGUCCCGCAGACGCCGAGCCCCAGCGAGACCCGGAAAGGGUAUGUCCUGGGAAGCGCGAGUCUCGUCAUUGGUGACGAAGGCGGCGUUGGUGGGUUGCGCGGGUACGAGGAUGUUCCCGCUUGGGUGAAGGAAGGACAAGAGCCGGAUCCCGCGUUAAGAGACGAAGUGAGAUCUACGUCUACGCCGAGCUACGACGCUGGAGGUGUGAAAACGCUGAGUGCGGCGGAGAAAUUGGAUGCCGCGGCGGGUGCGGCUCCGAGUGCGGCGGGGUGGGAUGGGAUGGGGACUAGUGGUAGUGCGUGGGCGGGUGGAAAGGACAAUGGUGUCCAUGGUGCGUCGGCGCCGAAGAAGGAAGAGAAGAGUUUGGAUCAGUGGUUGGAGGAGAGUGGGGAGGAGGAGACGGAUAGCGAGGAAGAAGAGACGGAUGAGGAGGAGGAGAGUAGUGAGUAUGAGACUGAGAGUGAGGAGGGGUCAGAUGAGGGGGAUAGGCUCGUCAAAUGAUUAGUCGUGGCCAGGAUGAGCAUACACACAAGAAAGGGGCAAUCAAAAUACAAAUCUUGACGCCACUGAGGCUCUUCUUCUAGCG